UGCUGACCCUGUUGACGUGGACCGCGCUUCUGGUGAGCGCGUUCGGCUCGCUGUUCGGAAAAACCGCCGUGAUGGUGCGUCAGGCCUGGUGCAAGAUGCCGUGGGGCAUUAUCAUCGUCCUCGGGGCCGUCCAGGUGGCGACCAGGGUCGUUGAGGAAUACGACUUACUGCCACAGCUAUUCAAGCUGUUCAAGCCGACCUUCUGGACAGCGCGGUCGCAUAUCGAAGUACAGGCCAUUUUGGCCACCAUCUCCUCCAUGCUGGCCGAGACCACCAACAACCGGACGCUCAGCCUGCUCAUGAUGCCCAUUGUGCAAGACAUCGCGGAGAGCAAGAACAUGUACCCGAUGUACUACGCCAUCCCGGUGGUUGUGGGUGCGUCCAGCAAUGUCAUCAUGCCCAUCUCCAUCCCCAUGGUGGUCAUGCACGAUAUCGGACGCGUGCCCUUCGUCCGACUCUUGGUGCUCGGCAUAGUGCUGAAGAUGGUGCUCGUCGGCAUGGUGCUGCUCACGGUAAACGCCGUCGGCAGGACCCUCUACGACUGGGGCAACCAGCACGUCGUCCCAGACGCGUGACGAUCACCGACGGUCUUUUUCUGUUCCUUUUCUUAUCCGCGAAUGUCGCUGUUUCACGACUGCGAGAUUUCAAUUCAGAUAAUCUAAACAUUCUGUUUGGCUUAUAUGCUGAUAUCGUUCGAGUGCUCUGUCUCUUCUUUCUCUUUCUCUAUAGUGUGUGUGUACACACACACACGCGCAUAUAUAUAGGUUGUGCCACAUAACUUGAGCUAAAGUUUUAAAAAUAAAAGGUACUCCGGACGCGAGUGAACCGAAUGCAUAAUCUUGGCACUGGCCCAGAGUUACCGAGGCCAUUUCUUUUAUUUUCCCCUAACCAACGAAUUGCUUAUGUUUAAUUAAUCAACUUUUUAAUUAUUGGCUACAAACCCCAAGCGUGAUACGCAAAGUUGUAGAGCACCUUGAGAAACCUCUCAAUAAAUUG